ACAUAUCAGUUGUGACGGGUCUUUUUUUUAUUGUAAUAGAGACAAUUGCCACGUCACCAGAGCUUAACGGUGUGUUUGAUUCUUCUGUUAAGGGAGGGCUUAAAAGAAUAAAAGAAAAGAAGAACAAGUUUUGCAAGUUAAAUACUAAUGAAUAUGGGAGAAGUGAAGUUGAUUGGCUCUGAAACAAGUGUAUUCUGCACAAGAAUUGAAUGGGCUCUGAAGCUUAAAGGUGUGGAUUAUGAGAACUUGAAGGAAGACUUGAUGAACAAGAGUCCUAUCCUUCUUAAGUACAACCCUGUCCACAAGAAGGUCCCAGUUCUUGUCCAUGGUGAAAACCCAGUUGCAGAGUCACUUGUCAUCCUCGAGUACAUUGAUGAGACAUGGAAACACAACCCUUUGUUGCCUCAAGAUCCUUAUGAGAGAGCCAUGGCUCGCUUUUGGGCUAAAUUUGCUGAUGAGAAGUGCUUGUAUGGUACGUUCGAUGCAUGUUGGCAAGAAGGAGAACAAAAGGAGAAUGCUAUAGCGUCCGCAAUGGAAUCACUUGCAUUCCUUGAGGAGCAAAUAAAAGGGAAGAAAUUUUUCAAUGGAGAAAAGAUAGGAUACUUGGAUAUAGUAAUUGGUUGGAUCCCUCAUUGGCUGAAUGUUAUGGAAGAAGUUGGGGCCAUGAAAUUGGUUGAUUCUGAGAAAUUCCCUUCUCUUAGUGAAUGGGUUCAGAGCUUCAAUGAAGUUCCUCUCAUCCAAGAAUGCCUUCCACCAAGAGAUCAGAUUGUUGACUACUUCACUCGCAGUGUUGCCUACAUUCGUUCCUCUGCCAUACCCAACAAGAAGUAGAAUAUUGGCUUCCAUUUUAGGUGUAACUUCUUUGUGCUUUUCUUGAGAAGAUGAAAUAAGAAAGGGGUGUCUCUAGUAUCACUAGAGAAGCAACUUUUACGGGUCCUUUUUGGCACUAAGGUUGGAAAAGUAAUUUCGUUUUCUAACUUUAGUUUUUAUUUUAUUUUUUAAGAUUUUAGAAGUUAUUUUUGAAAAAGAUUUUAAAAAAUAGAUUUGGUAAAAAAACAGAUUAUAAAAUAUUAAUAUAUUAAUUAAAAAAUUUCAAAUAUAUUUUUCUCAUCAUUCAAUCGUAAUUCCAAACACACCCUUAUGGCUGCGCUAAGGCUCACAUUGGUUCAAUAAAAUGGUUUGAUGAACAUGUUUCAGAGAGGUCUGGAAAGAAUAGUUUGGUUCUUGUCUCCCUCUUCUUCUUCUAUGUAAAACUAAAUCCUAUACUAUUUAUUGACAAUCAGGUCCAUUUUAUGA